CAAGGAUACGUGCAUGAUCAUAUAAACACAUCCUAUUGAUGAUCAAACUUCUACAACCUACAACUCACGAGUCACAUAAUGACCGAGAACGGAAGUGAGAACUAGCACAACUCUACCUGUCGACAUUCUGAGCACAUAUCAGCUGUUAUUUCUUAUCGGCUUUUUCGGCCAUCGCAGCUUCUCUUCGCCAAGCCAUCAGUUUUGAUUCAUCUCAUCUCCGCCCAUUCAAAUUCACAAGUCACAACUCUUGCUUCUUUACCUCCAAAGUCGCAAUGGGAGGCAACGCCUUCACCCAGCCCGGUCCCAACGACCAACCUGCUCUCGUCACUCCUCGAUUAACUCCACAGCAAUACGAUCUCCUGAAAACCUAUGUCUCCGACAAACUCGCCGCCCUUUUCGAAUGCCUCGCCGUUCCUAAAGAAAUGCCCGGAAAAGAGUCCUUUGGAGACCUGGAUUACCUCGCAGUAGCACCAACGGUCAACUGCCCGGAAGAUUGGGUGGCGGAGGUUCAGUCCCGACUAUCCGCCCCGCAAGUUCGUGGCCAAGAUCCGACGGCGAGCUUCGCCGUGCCCUGGGAUAUCGCAGGUAUAAAAGAUGUGAUCGAACAACCACGCGCGACCAAUGGCGAACCACAAGCGACUAAUGACGUAAAUCACGAAGACGUAUCCACCCCCACCCACCACGCCCAAAUCGACCUCUCCCUCAUCCCCCCUUCCACCUACCCCUGGCAACUCUUCCUCCACUCUCACGGCGACCUCUCCCGAAUCCUCGCCCACCUCCUCCGUCCUCUCGCCCUCCAUCUCAACCACCACGGCCUCCACCUCCGCCUCGCUGAAAUCGCCGCCUCCGUCCCCGACAAGAAAAAAUCUCUCCUCUUCCUCUCCACCGCCCCGGACGCCCUGUUCCGCUUUCUUGAGAUUGAUUACGCGGCAGUUGGGGGGGCGGGGUCGUGCACGGAGAUGUUCGAUCAAGUGGUGGCAUCGCCGUUUUUCGGGGCGGGGGUGGUCGAGUGGGCGGCGACUCCGCGGGAAGAUGGCACAAGAAGCGAUCGGCAGCGGCAUGCGAAGCGCCCGAUGUAUCGACAGUUCAUGGAGGAAUAUAUCCCCGCGAACCUCUCGAAGUUCAGUAGCAAGGCGGGGUAUUCUCGCGAGGAGGUGCGCGAACGCGCGGUGCGGUGGUUCGGGAAGGAAGCGGAGUUAGCGACGAUGCUGGGGGAGUGGGCAGUGGAGGAGGCGGAGAAGGCGUGGUGGGCGGACGUGGUGGGGGUGUUUCCGGGGGAGAUGAGCGUAGAGAAGCGGCGAAGGGUGGUGAGGGGGCUGAAGCGGUGGGUGGAGGUGGGAGGGGGGGAGGCGGUGGUGAGGAGGGAGGCGAGGGCGUUGGAGGGGAGGUGGGUGGAUGGGAUGGGGGUGGGGAGGGAGGGGUGGGGGGGGAGGAGGGAAGGGGUAUUGGAGUGGGUGAAGGGGAAUUGGGAGAUGGUGAAUGCGUUAGAGAAGGGAAGGGUGAAGGGGGGAGGGAAGAAGUGGGUGGAGUAGCGAGUUUGGCUACUGUCGCAUUAACAAGUUGCAGUGAUCAGCGUUAGUGCAGCGAUUUCAUGAUACUCCUGGAUUGAUUUUCCCAUCUCCUCAGCAUAGCGCGUAUCCUAUAACUAUAGCAUCCUCAACAAAAAGAACCAUCACCCUUCCACCCACCAAUCCCGCCCAUCCGCCCCAAACACUUACCUCAAACCUAACUAAAAAAGCAGUUCACAUAGGGUAAUAAAACCAUAAUGAUCCAACCCAUCGUUGCGAAGGGGUAACAGAAUCCCGUGAUUGGUCACCAUUUCUCUCCCAAUGGCUUCGGCACCACCAGCGUCCCCGAAUCAAAGAUCUCAUCUCUUCACCAUCCAAAAAUCACGCGGAAGGGUACCAAUCGGACGCAUCGUUUUGGAUGAACUUCGAGUUUAUGGAUCGGGUAAGUAGGUUGGGUGGGAUUUAAAUCCGACACAA